UUUUUUCGUUCACUGUCUGCAGCUCCCCUUCAGAAUCUCCAAAAAUGGCCGUCUCCUCACUGCGACUCCCCUUCUCCCUCUGCCUCCCAAAGUUCCCAUCUCGCACCUUCCAUUUUUCAAAGCCAAUUUUACCCCUCAGACUCAACCUUAUUUACUGCUGCUCCUCCUCCUCCCUCUAUACGCCCGAACAAACCUCAACCAGCUCCGGUCACAAAUGGCAGUCCGUCCGAAAGAGGAAAGUGGUUCUCCGGGUCGGGUACGUCGGCACCGAGUACCGAGGCUUGCAAAUGCAACGAGACGAAAAUUCAUUAUCCACUAUUGAGAAAGAGUUGGAAACUGCCAUAUACAAUGCGGGCGGUAUCCGUGAGAGUAAUCUGGGGAACCUUAACAAGAUUGCGUGGGCCAGGAGUAGCCGGACUGAUAAAGGAGUUCACUCUUUAGCAACGAUGAUAUCAUUGAAAAUGGAAAUCCCAGAGAAUGCAUGGGUCGGAGACCCUUUUGGCAUGGAUCUUGUGAAUCACAUUAACUCUUAUCUGCCUCGUAAUAUCAAAGUUUUCAGCAUUUUGCCUGCGCAGAGGAGCUUUGAUCCUAGAAAGGAGUGUAAUCUCCGCAUGUAUUCAUACCUCCUUCCUGCUGAGGUUAUUGGAAUCAAAAGUCACUUCAACGCAGAUGAAAUUGAUUAUCACAUCUCAGACUUCAAUAAUAUACUAAAAGCUUUCGAGGGAGAACAUCCUUUUCAUAAUUAUACUAUACGAUCUAAAUACAGGUCGAAGUAUCCUGCAAAACAAUCACCCAAACAUGGAAAAGUGUCGAUAGCAGGUAGAUCAACCAGAGAGGCAACAGCCUCUGAGUCUGAGUCUGAGGAAAGCGACAGGGAAGAAUAUUUUGAUGAAACAUAUGCAUCAGAAUCAAAUGCUGAGGAACUGAACCAAAUUUCUUCGUUUUCUAGCAAUAGUGAGGACAGCUUACUCGAUGCUUGCAAGAAGCAGGGAGAUGUUCUAAAGGUUCAAAGUGCUGGUUCGGUCAUCCGUGCAAGAUGGUUAUUUGAACCUGAUGAAAGAGAUAGAAUUGGUGCUUCUCAUUUCAGAAAGAUUUUUCAGUGCUCUUGUGGGAAGCUGGAGAAAUCGCUUGGACAUGAUUAUGUUGAAGUUUCCAUAUGGGGAGAGUCUUUCAUGUUACAUCAAAUCCGCAAAAUGGUUGGAACUGCUGUGGCUAUAAAGCGCGAGUUACUCCCUAGAGAUAUUUUGACAUUGUCACUGGCCAAGUUUUCCCGGAUAGUCCUACCACUUGCCCCAUCUGAAGUUUUGUUUUUAAGAGGGAACAGGUUUUCAAUUAGAGUAAAAAAUGUAACAAGGCCUGAAAUGACGACAAUGGUUGAAUCAGAAGAAAUAAAUAAGGUGGUUGACGAGUUCUUCAUAUCUGUUAUGUUGCCUCAAGUUACAAAGUUCUUAGAUCCUUCAGGAUAUCCUUGGAAUGAAUGGGUUGAGAAUUUGGAUAGAAACACAGGCAUUCCAGAUGCAGAAUUGGAUGAAGUCAGGAACGCUUGGAAAGUGUGGAGGGAAAAGUUUGACGGUUUUGCAUCAGUCCGAAACCAAAGAGACAAGGUAGAUGCCGAUGAUUGCAAUGGAUAAGCUUUCUCAUGGUUUAUUGGGAUCUAACCGGAACACCCUUUUAUGUUCUUUGGAAAUACACCGAGAUCAUACAAACUCCAAUGCGGGAGGUGUAACGGACUGUGGAGUUCAUCAAAAUCAGCCGUGGCUUAUUCACUGCCGGUGCUGACUCGGCAACCGACGCUGUUCCCAUGACAAGAAAAUACAGGAAACAGCCAGUAUUUCCUGUGCUCUGAUACAUGUUAUUGAAUUGUUAAGCACUCUGUCAUUGUUUACUGAACCGGUUCGAUCAUUUUUUUAUUUCAUUUGUAAUUUGUUGAGCAGAAAACUUUGGAUGUUAUUCUUUCAGAGCUUAACAAAAUAUGAGUUAUGCAAACGUAGUUUACAACCGA